AUGUUGACGCCGACGAUCGCCGAGAGUUCAGAACUUGCAAAAGACGCAAAGGAGAAGGAAGAAGAAGAGCUUGCAAGAGUAGUUGCUUGGGAACAGAAGCAAAUCAAAGAGCUGCAGGAACGACGUGAGCGAGAGAAACGCGAGAGACAAGCAGAGAUAGAGAGGAUAAUGAGGGAACAAGAAGAAGAACGAGCGCGAAUAGAGGCAGCUCGAGCAGAAAGGCGACGAAAAAAAUUGCUUGAAAUACAGGCGAAGAAGUUGGAGCAAGAGAGGAUGGAGCAAAAGAGACGGCAAAAGUUAGCCGAGGAGCUCAAAGCAAAGCAAAAGGAAAUAGAAAGACUGAGGGAGGAGAAUCGAAGGCAAAUAAUGAAGAAAGAGGAGGAAAGAAGGAAGAGGCGAAGGAUAGAGGUGAGAGAGUAUCCCACAGCGCAGGAUAUCAAGCGAAAACAAAUCGAGGAAGUACACGAAGCAAGUGACGUAAAGGAUGAGUUGGAAGAAGAGGAAGUUACAUCACAGCUUCCGGACGAAUGGAGACGAAAGGAGCUAAUGGCCAAAUUCGGGUCACACGCUAGACCCGAAAGUACAGAAGAACAGGGAGAACAAGUUGGUGACGAUGAGUCCCAGGAGUCACAGCACUCACUCAGAAACAGCGUGAGCUCUUCAGUGCCCGAUACGCAGGAGAGCACUUGGAAGGAAAAUGAUAACCAGCCCAUGGAACUGAAAAAUGAGAACACUGUACAUGAUGAAAACGCUUUUGUCAAAUUGGAACCAAAGAAACCAUUGAUACGAAAGACAAUACAAAGACGUCUCCGUGGAAUUAAAACAUUCGCGCAACAGCCCAAGGCGAAGGGAACUCCUGAUAAGGUGAGAGUAAGAGUUCUUUGA